AUGGAGAAUGAAAAAGACGCCGCACAAAAAUUACUAGGUGAUUUACAACAACCUAUUUCUGGAAACAGCCGUCUAGGGAACAUUUCGGACCAUUAUGUGACUGAAGAGAAGCUAGAGAAUGUUGUGGAUUCUGAACCGGAUCCAGCAACAUCAUUAGCAAUUGAUACAGAAGCAGAUGCGAAAACAGUACUCGCCAAAUCAGUUAAGAAGCACGAAGACGACUCUAAUAGCAUCCCGCAACAGAUAUUCGGUUUCGAGGGUUCUACAGCAACAUAUGGAAAUGAAGCGCCAAACAGUCCAUGUGGAUUUGAUGAUCAUGCUGAUCAGGAAUUGGGUCUCACUCCUGGAUCGAAAGCUGCCAUAGCUGCGCAAUCUCACGGCGCUCCAAAUCAGAAUUUCGUGAAAAGUCACAAGCUGAAGCCAAUAACGCACAUCAAAAGACUGAAGGAAGAGGUAAAACUUUGGCACAGUUGCAUGAAAACACCGGUUCUGGCCAACGUAGAACUGAAAUACUGCAUGAGCAUCCGAUUGAUGAAAAACUGA